AUGGCUGUCCAAGGCACGAAUGGGGGUGGGCCAGGCGCGCAGGAGGCAGUGAACCCAGCUACUGAGAGCUGCAGUGUGUUUGUCAAUGGGCUUUCGCUCGAGGUGAGCAGUGAGACUCUCAAAGAGGUGUUUGGGAGGGUGGGGAGAGUGGCGUCUGCCGUUGUCAUGCGCGACCACUUUGGGGCGAGCCGCGGGUUUGGAUUCGUUAAUUUCACCAAGGCAGACGAGGCAGACAGGGCAAUCCAGCAGUUCAACAAGAUCCCCCAUUGUGCAGGGACUUGGCUGGUGCGCAAGGCUGAGAAGAGGAAACCAGAGCAGAAAGCCGGGCAGGUCAGUGAGCAAGGCCUGGAUCUGUGCAAUCUCUUCAUUCGGGGCGUGGAACCAGAGAUCUCCAGCAUCAGGCUGCAGAGCAUGUUUGAGGCGUUUGGAAAAGUGGUCUCCAGCAAGAUCCUUGUCGAUCCAAAGACGGGCGCAAGUAAAUGCGCGGGAUUCCUUCGUUUCACCCUCCCUGAAGAAGCUGCCAGGGCCAUCCACGAGAUGAAUGGCAAACAGGUGGGCAGCAAGAGGCUGUUUGUGACACUGGCUCAGAAGCGUGCAACGACAGAUCCCCAGGGUAUUAUACACCCACCCUUUGAACAGAGCGCCGCUCAGCCUAGCACCCCUACUGGCAUGGCAUAUUUCAUGCCCAUGUCCGGCAUGGCUCCCCAAUAUCCCCAGGGCGCUCAUGGCCAUCCCGCAUUCCAACCAUAUGGCAUGUACCCGCCGGGCAUGGUGCCCAUUCACCCGCAGGCUUACCAGCAGGGGUACGGGCCUCCGCCGCAGUUGGUCUGGCAGGGAAUGCCCAUGGCUGCGUUCCAGGGAAUGCCGCCCGGAUACCAGCAGGCCGAUCCGCGCGCGAUUUCCCGCCAGCAGCAGGCGCAGCAGUACUACAUGAUGACGAGCGGCCAGGACGGAACCUACUUUGACAUGGCCAGCAACAGCUUUAUGCACAGCGGCCGCGGCUACCGCUCCCAUAUGGGCCGCGGAGCCGCCACCCCUCGCGGCGGCGGCCGCCGCGGCCGCCAGCUCUUCCCCGAACCCCCGGCCUCCAACCACCUCGGUCAGCCGCGUGCGCCUGUGAAGGUGCCCCUGACGGUGAACUCAAAGCCGGUGGCGCGGCGGGACGUGGCGCCGGGAGCUGCGCCAAAGGACGCGCCGACCAACACCAAAGACCUGGUGGCGCGGUUGGCCGCCACUCCGGACAAGCUUGUGCGCGUCAGCAUGAUGGGGGAUCUGCUGUUCACGCUGGUGCAAGGGCUGCAGCCGGCCAAGGACAGCGCCAAGAUCACGGGCAUGCUGCUGGAGAUGACCGAGCCCGAGAUCCUGCACAUCCUGGAGGACCGCGCCGCCCUCAUCAAAAAGGCACGCCAUCCCUCCCACUCCGGCAUUUGUUCAGUUGAUGAAGCUCUGGGAGUGCUGAAGGCAGCUGGCUACAAGGAGGCCAAGCAGCAGGUUCCCAAGGAGCUGCCCAGCACCCCAAAGAGCGCCUCAGAAGAGCCCAAGGCCGCCCCGGCAUCAGAUGCAGCUCAGAGCAGCGCUCCAUCAGAGGGGCUGGAGAAGCUGAGGCUCGCAUGA